AUGCCUAGUGUGGAAACUAUAAGCAGAUUAAGUUAUAUAUCGCUAAUAACCAAUAAUCAAGAUGAUUUUUUGAAACUGUUUAAAUUUUAUUCAGAUUUGGGGUUCAGAUUGACCAAAAAUUUCUCAAGAAUUUCAUAUAAUGGAUCAAAUGCAUUAAAUAAUUCUCAAUUACAAUUAGGAGUUUCAAAGGAUUCAUUAAGAGAAGUGUGGUUAGAGAGUUAUCCUUUACAAAAUUUAGAUUCAAAUGGAAAUUUAAAACCAUGGCAAGAAUUAGAAAUUUAUAGUGGUGAUAAUUGUGAAAAAUUAUCAGAAUCAACAAUUUUUAAAAUUAGAUUAUCAAAUGAAAAAAGUUUAAAAUCAAUCGAUAAAAAAUUUGUACUUUUCAGUACUGAUUUAAAAAAAUUAAAGCAGAUAUUGGAAAAAUCAAAUAUAAAGAUUAAUGAAAUAGCAAAAAAUGUUUUUACCAUAAAGGAUCCAUUAGGAAAUCUUUUAUAUUUUUCAAAUAUUGAUAAUGAAUUAAAUCCAAAAGAAUAUAAUUCACCUCAAGAAUAUAUUGAAAUUAAAACAAGAGAAAUAUUAUCUUAUCAAAAUUCAUCUAAAUUUAAAUCAAGUAUGGAUUUGGUUGUUGAAGAGCAAGAUUCACAAUUGAUUAAAAAAGCAAUUAUUGGAAACAAGGGUGAUAUUGAACCAGUAACAAAGAAAAAGAAAAUAGCAAUAAUGACAUCCGGAGGUGAUGCUCCAGGUAUGAAUCCUGCAGUAAGAGCAGUAGUAAGAGCAGCUUUAUAUCAUGGAUGUGAGGCAUAUGCGGUUUAUGAAGGAUAUGAAGGAUUAGUUAAAGGUGGUGAAUUAUUAAAAAGAAUGGAAUGGUCAGAUGUAAGAUCAUUUUUAUCAUUAGGAGGAACAGCAAUUGGUACAGCAAGAUGUAAAGAAUUUAGAGAAAGAGAAGGAAGAUUAGCAGCAGCUUUUAAUAUGGUUGAAAAUGGAAUUGAUGCUUUAGUAGUUUGUGGAGGUGAUGGUUCAUUAACUGGUGCUGAUUUAUUUAGAAGUGAAUGGCCUUCUUUAAUUAAAGAAUUAUUAGAUACUGGAAAAAUAACUCAAGAAAAAGCAAAACUUUUUAAAACCCUUACAAUUGUUGGAUUAGUUGGAUCAAUUGAUAAUGAUAUGUCAGGUACAGAUGUUACUAUUGGGUCUUAUUCAGCAUUGGAAAGAAUAACUGAAAUGGUUGAUUAUAUUGGAGCUACUGCUGCUUCUCAUUCAAGAGCAUUUGUAGUUGAAGUUAUGGGAAGACAUUGUGGUUGGUUAGCAUUAUUAUCUGGAAUGGCUACAAGUGCAGAUUAUGUAUUUAUACCUGAAUCACCACCAAAAGCAAGUGAAUGGAGAAAUGAUUUAAAAGCUGUUUGUACAAGACAUAGAAAAUAUGGUAGAAGAAAAACUACAGUCAUAGUUGCUGAAGGAGCAAUUGAUGAUGAAUUGAAUCCUAUUACUAGUGAAGAAAUUAAAAAAGUAUUAGUUGACUUAGGAUUAGAUACAAGAAUUACAAUUUUAGGUCAUGUUCAAAGAGGUGGAACUGCAGUAGCUUAUGAUAGAAGACUAGCUACUUUACAAGGAGCUGAAGCUGUGAAAGCAGUUUUAGAAACAACACCAGAAACACCUUCACCAAUGAUUGGAAUAUUGAAAAAUAAAAUAGUAAGAGUACCAUUAGUUGAUGCUGUAAAACAAACAAAAGCAGUAGCGGAAGCAAUUGAACAUCAAGAUUUUAAAAAGGCAAUGAGUUUAAGAGAUGCAAAUUUUUAUGAUGCAUAUAAAUAUUUUUGUUCAAUAACUUAUUUUGAUGAUGGUUCAAAACAAUUAAAUGAAAAUAAGAGAUUAAAUAUAGCAGUUAUUCAUGUUGGUGCAGCAUCAGCAGGUUUAAAUGCAGCGACUAGAGCAGUAGUAUUACAAAGUAUAUCAAGAGGUCAUAAUCUUUUCGCUAUAGAAGAUGGGUUUUCAGGAUUAAUUGAAGGUAGAAUAAAAGAAUUAAAAUGGUUAGAUAUUGAAGGAUGGCAUAAUAGAGGUGGAAGUGAUAUAGGUACAAACCGUUCACUACCCUCUAAAAAUUUUGGUAAAGUUGCUUAUUAUUUACAAAAAUAUAAUAUUCAAGGAUUAUUAAUUAUUGGAGGAUUUGAAGCUUUUACUUCAUUACAUGAAUUACAUGAUGAAAAACCAAAUUAUCCAAUAUUUGAUAUACCAAUGGUCGUUUUACCUGCAACUGUUUCAAAUAAUGUUCCUGGUUCUGAAUAUUCUUUAGGAUCUGAUACAUGUUUAAAUCAAUUAGUAACAUAUUGUGAUGCAGUUCAACAAUCUGCUUCAUCAAGUAGAAGAAGAGUAUUUGUUGUUGAAGUUCAAGGUGGUCAUUCUGGUUAUGUUGCAUCAUAUUGUGGAUUAAUAACUGGUGCAUUAGCUUCAUAUACUCCAGAAAGUAAAAUUAAUUUAACAGAAUUACAAAGAGAUAUUGAAUUAUUAUUUAAAGUAUUUCAAGCAGAUAGAGGAGAAGAUCAUAAUGGUAAAUUAGUUAUUAGAAAUGAACAAGCAUCAACUGUAUAUUCUACAGAAUUAAUAGCUGAUAUAAUUAGAGAAAAUGCAAAUAAAAGAUUUGAAACAAGAACAGCUAUACCAGGUCAUGUACAACAAGGUUAUACUCCAACUGCUUAUGAUAGAGUAACAGCAAUAAAAUUUGCUUUAAAAGCAAUGGAAUUUUUAGAAGAAUGGAAUAAUUGUGUUGAUAAAACUGAAAUUAAAAUAGAUGAUGCUGAAGUUGAAAGACAUAAUGCUGUAGUUAUUGGAAUACAUGGUGAUGCAACUGAAUUUACAAGUGUUAGACAUUUAUAUGAAAAUGAAGCUGAUGUUGAAUUAAGAAAAGGAAAAACUGUUCAUUGGAAAGAUAUGAUUGAAGUAGGGGAUAUGUUGAGUGGUAAAUCUUUAUUGAAAAGAGAGGAGGAAUAUUACUAA